UGUUGUGCUGUGCUGUGCUGUGCUGUACUGUACUGUACUGUACUGUUCUGUUGAAGAGAACCACUUGUGUUUUGCAGAUACUGUCAGUUCUGUAUCGAGAAAAUGGAAUUGAUUCGGACGUUCAGAGCCAUAAACAUACUCGUCACGAAAAUAAAGAAGUUGCCGGUGUUUAGUUCCGUUUUAGUUUAAAGUGCUUGCUGUUUUUUCUGAAUGUCUCUAAUGGGGCAGUGACAUCCGUGAGAAAGUUACUUGGAAUUUUCGGCGCUUAAGUGGAUGUUUAUUAUUCAUUCCGUGUGUGUGUGUAUGAAGCGACAACUUAUCGUGAACAUAAUUUCUUAAGUGACCUGAACAUCUGCAGUUUUCAAAACUAACAUCAACCCUUUCCGAACUGUCACCUUAGUGACUUUCUUUCAUACACUAUUUUAAUUGAUUUUAUUAAUUUUAACAUAAAUUUUCCUGCUUACAGAGUUUUGUUUGCUAAUCCGUUGUGAUAAUGAAGAAUGACAUACUGAAGAAUUCCGAAUACCGGCGUAUAUUACAGUACUUGGACAUUCUGUUACGUACACAAGGGACUUGGGAAUGUUUAUAAAAGAAAACCCUUAACAUUUCGCUCUUACGCAAAACUGUACGUCCAUCUUGAAUGUGUCUGAAUUACAUCGCGCAAAACAGACAGCGAGUGCAGUUUCCGAGAAGUGUUCGACAGGUGGAAGCUCCUUAUCUGUAAUGUGCCUGUCCAUAUUUACUGGCAUUUCACAAUACUGCAUGAGUGUACAAAUGCAGAAAUAUGAUGACAGAUCUGAGAGAUUACUUUAUUUGCAUGAACAGAAUCCGUUAGUAGUGGAUCCGAGAGAAUGGCUCUUUAGCCUUAAUUCAAUAUUUCGAUUGCCUUUGAUAUGCCUAGAGAUCCAUUACACGUAACUUGUUUAGUUAUUGGUGCAAUUUCUAUGGAGUAGACUGUAUGUGAAAACUUUCAUGUAAUAUUGUAUAUUACCUGUUUUUCCACGAAUUGUUGUAUGAGCGUACAGACAAAACGUGUGGUGAUAUCCCAGCUUCCCCUAGUGAAGCGGGUUAGUUGAAAAACCGUCAUGUGUGUCUCAUCUUGUGUGACGAACUUCUCAUAUUUACAGUUCGAUGCAACGGUCUCAUGGAAUAAGUGUUCUUCAUUUCUUCUUCUCUUGAACCUGGACAUAUCGUGUAGCUUUAAUGCAGUGUACAGAAUAUCUGUUGUGUAACAGUACAAAGCUGAAAGCAGGUUAGGAGAGAAAAAGCAAUGCCUUCAGAAUCCGCGGCAUCACCUGCGACGGCAGAGCCAGUGGUAGAGCCUGAGAGUUGCGGAGAUCCCUGGAUUGAAACAGAUCUAGCGGCCAUCAGGAAGCUGCUGGAGAGUGAGGCGGUCGGAGGAACGUGUCCCAGCUGUAACAUGCCGUUCGAUAAGGGCAAGAAGAGGAAGCUGAUCGACACGUGCGGCCACGAGCGCUGCUACUCCUGCAUGUUCCGCAACGAGGCCUGUCCCCUCUGCGCCACCGACGCUAACCCCACCAAAAAGGUGCUAGGAUGCCCACCCGGAUUGCAGGGGUCCGAACUGACCCUUUAUGGCGAAGUGAAGGGGUCACCUGGCGCCCAUUCCAGGCCGAAGGUGAAGACAAACGGACACUUCACAUCUUACAUGCAAGCGAGACAGGAGCAAGGGGUUACUUCGGAGUGGCCAUCACCCAGCCGGCUGCCCAAGACCAGACCUUCCCCCGCGCGUUCACUGCGCAACAAUGACACCAUUAGCAACAACAACAACAACAACAACAACAACAACAGCAGCAGCACCAUCAUGACCCAAAGUUGCCCUACCCCACCACAGAGUCGACGGAGAUUCUUUCUCAGCCCCAGGUCAUUGAGAAACCCUUGGAACCAGCGUGGAUGCAAUGGUCUACGAGUCCCAGCUGACAGUAUGGACAACCCUUCUGCACUCUCUGCAUCCAUGACAUCCUCAACAGAGAGCCGAUACUGGCCCAGCUACGUUCUCAGCAAGAUCAAGUCUUUGUGGUCUGUGGGUGGAAGCAAUGCUGGGCUGAACCAGCUGGCAGCAUCUACAACAGAUGAUGAAGGUGGCACCAUAAAGCCGGUGUCUCAUGGAAAGAAGUCCUCCCAGAAUGAUCUGUAUAUGCGUUUGGGACUCCUGCUGGGAGACAAUGCCCGUCGGUCCACAAGAGUAGCUCAGUCCCCACCGCGUCAACCUGGGUCUGCAGCCAACCGCAGCUCUCACAGCCAUGAGUCAUAUGCUUCCUUUUCCUCACUGGCCAGUCUUGAGGCCCAUACACUGGCUUCAACGAAUACCAGCCCUGUGUCCACACUUACAGGUUCUUCAGAGGCAGAUGUUCACAGUCACACACGGACAUUGAAGGAUCCUUCUUCAGACAGCAUCACAUCUCUCAUGUCUGUUUCUGGCCAGAGCAACUGUUCCUCUAGUCCUGUCAGCAGGAGGCAUUCUGUCACAACAUCCCAGCCUGGACAGGUAGAAGAACUAAAUGUGUUCAAGAAUCGGAGAACCUCUAUACGCAGGUCUGCUCGCACAGGAUCUGUUAAGGGGCCAGUUGAUCCAAAAGUUCGGUUUGCACAGUACCGUGCCCCACAGCUCACUCUGAAGCCUCUGUUCUUUGAGGUGCCUCUGCAAGAACCUGACCCUCUGUUCCUGGGUCGCCACUGGCUUAUCCGUGAGAUGGAGGAGUCCCUGGGUUCAGCUAGUCCUGGAGUUCUGAUUACAGGAAAUCCUGGCACUGGCAAGUCUGCCCUUAUCCUGCAACUGGUAGAUUACAGCUGCUUUGGGAGGAGACGGGACCCCUCCUACCAACAAGAUCCAUAUAUGUGCAAUGGGAAAGACAGGCCAAGUGGGUCUCAGAGCAUCUACUGCCAAAUCAAUCUAGUCUCAGAAAGGAUUCGCCAUCUAGCCUCACAUGUUGUUGCUUACCAUUUUUGUCAGGCUGACAACAACAACACAUGUCUGGUGCCUGACUUCAUCCACUCACUAGCAGCUCAGCUGUGCCAGGCCUCCCAGCUUUUAGCAUACAGGGAGUACCUGUUGAGUGAGCCACACCUUCAGGGUGCUGUGUCUAUCAAAGAAUGCAUUGCAGACCCAGACUUAGCAUUUACAAGAGGUGUUCUUGAGCCCCUGGGCAGUCUCCGUCGUAUAGGAAAGAUCCCCAAUGAGAACUGCAUCAUUCUAGUAGAUGCCCUCUGUGAGGCAGAGUACCACCGACCUGACCAUGGAGAUACACUUGCUUCAUUCCUUGUACGCCACUCACCACAUUUUCCUUCAUGGCUGAAAAUUGUUGCCACAGUCCGAACACAGCUGCAGGAAGUUACUAGUCAGCUGCCCUACCACAGAAUCAGUCUUGACAAAGUGAGUUCAAAUGAGAACCUGCAAAAGGACCUACUGGACUACAUUAACUUUCGCCUGAGCAACAGUCCCAGCAUCCAGAGCAAUGUGGCUUCAACUUCAGGGAAGCUUGAUGGUGGUUCCAGCUCACAGUUCCGUUUCUCUCAGCAUCUUCUUGGACUGAGCCGUGGAUCCUUUCUCUUUGCCAAACUAACCCUUGAUCUGCUGGAGAGAGGACAUUUAGUGGCCAAGUCUUCUGGAUAUAAGGUGCUUCCAGUGUCACUAGCCCAGAUAUUCUUACUGCACUUCAACCUUCGCUUCCCAACACUGCGGUCAUUCGAGAAGGUGGCACCCAUCCUUAGUGUGUGUCUAGCAGCCCUUUACCCUCUUACACUGCUAGAAAUAUAUUAUUCCAUUAAUGCCCUACACACGAAUCAGUUCCUCCCGUGGGAUGAAUUUCUUCAGAGGUUCAAGCUGUUGUCAGGUCUGUUGGUCAAGCGACUAGACAACACUUAUAUGUUCUUCCACCCAUCGUUCCGAGAGUGGCUCAUCCGUCGUGACGAAGGCGAGAGCAACAAGUUCCUGUGUGACCUACGUUCAGGUCAUGCCGGCAUUGCAUUCCGGAUGUCUCGUGUUCAAGCACCCCUUGAUGCAGAAAAGACCUUGGAACUAGGACAUCACAUCCUGAAAGCCCACCUAUACAAGAAUAUGACUUUACACAAAUACUCGUCAAGAGACCUCCAGGCUCAUUGGGUGGCCAGUAGUUCUGAGGAUGUUUCAGCAGCCCUCUGCACUCUCAGGAACAUCUACAGCCCCAAUGUUAAAGUGUCUCGUCUAUUACUGCUGGCUGGAGCAUCUCCAAAUCACACAACAGAGUUCCUGGGCAAUGCACCAGUGUUGUGCAUGUAUGCACAUGAAGGUGUUGCUGAGAUGGUAUCUGUACUGCUGGAGUUUGGUGCAGAUGUGGAACUGACCAACAGUCAGGGCUGCACAGCUCUGUCGCUGGCAUCAACACGAGGCCACUGUGAAGUUGUGCGCCAGCUGGUGGCAGCUGGGUCCAGUCUGGGACAUGCAGACACAGCUGGCCGUUGUCCCCUAGUUCAUGCUGCAAGAAAUGGUCGCCUGAAUGUAGUGGGAUAUCUCUUGGCAUGUGACUGGGUGCUCCGCAACCCUGAGACAGAAGUGGAGCUGUGCGAGGCAGCACAGCAGGCUUUAGUGGCAGCUGCUGCUCAGGGGCACACUGAGAUUGUGGAGUAUCUCUUGGAUAUGGCAGAAGUUAAGGCAGAUGCCCAUGACACACUGACUGGAGAAACAGCACUGACUGUGGCAUCUUCUAAUGGCUGCCACAAUGUCUGUACAGCCCUGCUCAGCCGAGGGGCCAGCAUUUCUGCUGUCAACAGGAAGGAAAUGGCUCCCCUGCUUCUAGCAGUGAAAGAAGGCCAUUGGGCUGUGGCAGAGAAGCUUCUGCAGAGCCAUGCACCUUUGGAACAAUGUGACCCUGUGGGUCACUCUCCUCUAAUGCUUGCUGCCUCAGAGGGGCAUGUUGGGCUGAUAGAACUGCUACUGGAUAAAGGGGCAUGUAAGCUGCGGCAGGAUCGGGAGGGACUUACUGCCUUGGGCUGGGCAUGCCUGCGUGGAAGAGUGCAGGCUGCACAGUGCUUGCUGGAUCGUGGAGCAAAUGUGAACCAUGCAGAUAAGACAGGACGCACUCCCCUUGACCUCGCAGCUUUCCAGGGAAAUCCCAGUUUGGUUCAGCUUCUCAUGGAGAGAGGGGCAAUGAUUGAGCAUGUGGACAUCAAUGGGAUGCGACCAUUGGACAGAGCCAUAGGUUGCCGCAACACGCAGGUGGUCCAUUGCUUCUUACGCAAAGGUGCCAAGCUUGGUCCAGCCACAUGGGCCAUGGCUACUGGUAAACCAGAAAUCAUGCUUAUUCUGCUGAACAAGUUGCUGGAAGAUGGCAACGUUCUGUACAGGAAGAGUAGGCUGAAAGAGGCAGCCCACCGUUAUCAAUAUGCUCUCAAGAAAUUUCCCACCGAAGAUCUGUGUGAACAUACAGCUACAUUUGAGCAGCUUCGUGUAAAUUUUCUACUCAAUCAGUCACGGUGUAAAAGGAAGAUGAAUGAAUGUCAGGAAGCUGUGGAGUUGGCUAAUCAAGUUCUGAAGCUUAAGCCUGAAUCAUUUGAAGCAUACUAUGCAAGAGCAAAAGCAAGAGUUGACUUACGAAUGUUUGAGGAGGCACUGGAGGAUGUGCAGGAAGCACUACGCGUUGCUCCGCCACACAAUCGAGAAGUGAGGCGGGUGCUGGUUAAAGUUCGAGAUGAGGUCCGUGCUGAGAUGAUGGCACCACAGUUGGCUGGCCACAGAGGUCUUGCCACAUCGGUUGAUAUGCUCAAUGAGCCUGAAACUCGUAUAUAAAGAAUAGACAUUCUCACAGACUUACACGAACUAGGUAUGAUGCCUUUUAAGAGGCCCAGUUGGGAGAGACACUGUGGGUUUGUGUUGGGGUUACAGAGUUGUUGCCAUUUAUGCAUGAAUUGUGAAGGAAAGUGUUAGAGUUAGAAGUAUUCUAAUUUUGAAAAAAUAUAUAUUAUGUCAGUUUUGUUGAAAUUUUGUUGCAAGAUUUAUUAAUUUUUAACAUCCUAGAAUAAAUGUAUUUAUUGUCUGUAUUCUAUAACUUCAAAGGAAUUAUGUUGUGGUGUAUCCUUGCCUUGUUAAAAUAAUGUAAGACUCAUUCAACUGUGAAAUAUAGAUACAAGCUUUUCUUCCAAGGCCAAAACCUAUUUGAAAUGUUGAUUUGUUAUUAUAGUAUGUAUAUACAGGAGGGAGCCAUGCAUACAAAUUCUUCGUCCAGUUGUAAUUGAUUAUUUGCUGGGCCACUGAUAGAUAGCACCAAAAUUGGAAUGAGGUGUGUUGUAUGAGGGGCAAUUAAAUUAGAUAUGAAGACCACGUUGGCUCCUUCAGUGGCAUGUGUGGAAAACAUGGAAUUUCCUCACUGCUGUACCAAAAUUCUUCUAUUGUGA